AUACUCUCCAAUAUAUUUCCUUAUAUAUAAUCAUGUCUAUUUAUUAUCAUCAUACCAAUGCAAUAGUCUCUACUAAGUUCAUUUGAAAAGAGAUGAAGAAAAUGAACCAAGUAGAGAUACCUCAAUAUUUCUUAUGUCCCAUCUCUCUUCAAAUCAUGAAAGAUCCGGUCAUCGCCGUGACGGGUAUCACGUACGACAAGGAAAGCAUCGAGAAGUGGUUGUCAACGGCGGAGCAAGCGAGUUGCCCUGUGACGAAGCAACCAUUGGCUAGGGAUGCCGAGCUCACCCCGAACCACAUGCUCCGCCGUCUGAUCCACGCGUGGUGCACCUCAAACUCAGAGAAAGGGAUUGAUCGGAUUCCGAGUCCGAAAACUCCUACGCAUAGGUCUGAGGUUCUCAAGUUGAUCCGUGACUUGAAUACCCCAAAGACGUUCAUGGAAUCAUUGAAGAAAAUGGAAGAGCUCGCAAGCGAGGGCGAGAAGGCGAAUAGGAAGUGCAUGGAGGAAGCCGGGGUUGUUAGGUCUAUGGUGCUCUUCAUAGUGAAGAGGUUUAGGGAAAGGGAAACCCAAGGCCUACAAGAAGCUUUGAAGAUCUUUCGUCUUGUUUGUAGCCCAUCAAGUGAAGAUGUCCCAAUAGUGAAUGAAAACCAUGAAGAUCUUAUUCAAGUUAUACUAUGGAUUUUGAAAAUGAGAAGUCUAAACAUGGACGAUCAUAUAAAGGUCCACGCGAUGAACGCCUUAAAGACGAUCUUAGAGGUCACGAGUUCAAGUCUUCUCGAGGGACUAAACCCCGAAUUUUUCAAGGAGAUGGUGAGUCUCUUAAGAGCCAAGUCCCUCACACAACAAACCACCAAGGCUGUAUUGCAUGUACUAAUACAAGCCUCUAGAUGUGGAAGAAACAAACUCAAAAUCAUUGAAGCCGGAGUGGUUUUCGAGCUGAUAGAACUUGAGCUUUGCAAUCCCGGGAACAGGAUUAGCGAGCUAGUGUUUUGUCUACUAGCUCAGCUCUGUUCCAUAGCCGACGGGCGCCAACAAUUCUUGAAACACGCCGGGUCGAUCGCCGUGGUGUCGAAACGGACACUACGGGUUUCUCCGGCGACGGAUGACCGGGCAGUACAGAUACUCUCGAUGAUCUCGAGAUGUUCGGCGACCAAAGAGGUGACUGCGGAGAUGUUGAGGGUGGGGGCAGUCGCAAAGCUUUGCAUGGUUCUUCAAGCAGAUUGUGAAGUGCAUUUGAAGAAGAAGGCGAGAGAGAUACUAAGGUUACACUCUAAUGUGUGGAACAACUCUCCUUGUAUACAGUAUGCAUUAUCAACGACUGGUAGAUAGCAUACAUAACUAUGAUCAAAGCUAAGAAAACAUUUUUUUCAGAGUUAUUGCGCGAUUGCUGCUCUGCUAAUGUAAUGUAUAUUAGUCAAAUUGAGGUGUUAAUUAAGAGAAAAUGGCUGACAAUAUGACUAAAAGAGCUGAUCAAUUUUAAA